GAGGACGCCACUUAAAUGUAAACAUAUUUGAGGUUAAGUCUCAUUGUUGAGAAUCUAUUACACGUGCUUUAGAUUUUAAAUAACAUAAUAAAGUGAAUUUGAUAAAGAUAUUUAAAGAACUUAAACUUAAAGUAAAUAGUUUAAAUAUAUAGAAACAAAAUGGCAAAAUCAUUGCGUAGUAAAUGGAGGAGAAAGUGUAGAGCAAUCAAAAGGGUGCGUUAUGGAGCAAAAGAAUUAGAAAGAUUAAAAAAGACAUUAGGUAUUGAUGAGAAUGGAUCACAGGACGUUGAAAUGAGUGAAAUGUCAAAAAUUGCUACAGUUGUUGAUGCUAAAACAAUAAAAGAAAAUGAACACGCGAAAGAAGAUGAACAAGCAAAAGAAAAUGAACAAGCAAAAGAAGAUGAUCAAGCAAAAGAAAAUAAUCAAGCUAAUGAUAACACUGAAACAAAUGGUGAGACAAUGGAUGUAGACAUCGAUGGAAGACUAUAUAAUAAAAGAACAAUGAGAGAUCAGUAUGGUAAUUAUCCUGUAUGGAUGAAUAAACGAAAAAUUGCAAAACACAAGAAGGGUAGAGCAAAAUCACAAAAAGGAAACUUUAAGCCACAUAAAAGAUUAACUAGGAGGCAGAAAAAAGGAAUGAAGCAAAAGUAGAUUAGAUCUAUGUAAAAUUAGUAGCACUAAUGCUAUUCCUUCUUUGUAUUUGUAACAAAAAUAAAUUCUAUUAUA